GAGUAAUAGUGCUAAUGUGAAUGACUACAACUCUUGAGCUAUACAGAUAUGCAAGUUGUUCUAUCUAUCUGCUAAUGUUAAUCCGUGAUAACAUCUUCGGAUUUGAUGCCACAGACGCCGCAAAAUCUCUGAAUGCUGCAUUUGCCCCAGCAAUUGCAUCAAACAUCCCAUGGGUAGCUGUUUUGGGGAACCAUGACCAGGAAUCGACUCUCUCAAGGGAAGGAGUCAUGAAACAUAUAGUUACUUUGAAGAACACUUUGUCUCAAGUCAAUCCUCCGGAGGCACAUAUUAUUGAUGGCUUUGGGAACUAUAACUUGGAGAUCGGUGGGGUUGAAGGUUCAAGUUUCAAAAACAAAUCGGUUCUCAAUCUCUACUUCCUUGAUAGUGGAGAUUACUCAACGGUUCCUGCCAUUGGUGGCUAUGGAUGGAUCAAACCUUCCCAGCAGCUCUGGUUUGAACGCACUUCUGCCAAGCUGCGGAGGGAAUACAUGAGCAAGCCAGCUGCUCAGAAGGCACCCGCACCUGGGCUUGCAUACUUUCACAUACCAUUGCCUGAAUUUGCGAGUUUUGAUUCAUCGAACUUCACAGGUGUUAAGCAAGAAGGCAUAAGCUCUGCUUCUGUGAACUCAGGCUUCUUUACAACCAUGGUAGCAGCAGGGGAUGUGAAGGCUGUUUUCACAGGCCAUGAUCACAUCAAUGACUUCUGUGGUCAGCUUACUGGUAUACAACUUUGUUAUGCUGGGGGUUUUGGAUACCAUGCCUAUGGAAAGGCUGGAUGGGAAAGGAGGGCGAGGGUAGUAGUAGCCAGUCUGGAGAAACUGGAGAAGGGAGGUUGGGGAGCAGUCAAGUCAAUCAAAACAUGGAAGCGCCUUGAUGAUGCACACCUUACUGCUGUUGAUGGUCAGGUCCUCUGGAGUAAGAGCUCUUCAGCAGGUGUUCGCAGAAAGAAAAAGAUUCAUGGUGCUUAAGAGAUGUCGUGCAUGACAAAACUAUUUAUGUGGAUGCUUUACUGCUAGCCUAGCUUUGAAGAAUAUGGUUCCAGAAGUGAUUCAAUGGGAAUGUUGUCAUUGGCAAUGUUAUUUAAUAAUAUCUAUCUGUACCAUUAAAUAAUGGUGUGUUGAAUGCGGUGUAUUGUCUACAGAUCUCAGAAUUUCAGGAUAACGACAGUGAUAAUCUAUGCAAAAGUAAAGUAGGAAACUAGGUUAUGAUAUUAUGGGAAGAAGAAUCCUGUAUUAUUCCCAAAAUGUUGCCAGAGAGCUCUUGAAUGAAUAAAGAUGAGCAUUAGCUGUUAUUUUGGA